GAAAUCUAGAUUCACCUAGGAGUCAAAGAUUUACAAUGAGUUUAGAGAUUUCUCACACUCGAUUUGACCUUUGGAAUAUAAGAUAUUUGAUAUUUGGUUGAGAUUAGAGAGAGAAAUUGCUAGAGGGAGUGAGAGAACGAAUGCAGACGCAUAAACAUCACCACAUCAGAGGAUAAAGCUGUUUUAGCUUCACAGCAUUUCACAAUGAAAUUUGAGGAUCUCUUGGAGGACCUUGAUGGCUUUGGAAGGUUCCAGAAGAUGAUUGUGUUCCUCAGUUUUAUUGGUCGGUUCACGCUCCCAUGUCACUUCCUGCUAAACAACUACAUCGGUGCUAUCCCUCCUCAUCACUGCAACCUUGGCUCUGUGGAUAGGAAUCUAACACAAGAGCAGAGAUUGAACAUCAGCAUUCCCAGACAGGAAGACGGGACCUUCACUUCCUGCCACAUGUUCUCAGAACCACAGUUCCAUCUUUUAGAUGAUGAGUUGAAUGUCACAAAUGUUUCAGUUGUUGAAUGUCAGAAUGGAUGGACAUACGAUAACAGCACCUUCAUCAGCACUUUAGCUACAGAGUGGGAUUUGGUGUGUGAGAACAAAGGGAUGAAUAAAGUGAUGGCUACCAUCUUCUUUGUUGGAGUGAUGUUAGGAGCAGCUAUAUUUGGCAGCUUAAGUGACAGAUACGGCCGUAAGUCCAUGCUGCUGGUUUCGUAUGUGCUGGCCUUGUGUUUUGCAAUGGCGAGCGUGUUCUCCUCCUCCAUCAUCAUGUUUGCAGUGUUACGGUUCUUCACAGGCCUGAGCAUCACUGGACUCGUCAUCGUCACCAGCGUGCUCAAUGUGGAGUGGGUGAGUAUAGAGAGCAGGAAAUUGGUGGGUGUGAUUGACAGUUUGAGCUGGACUUUUGGGUACAUGGUGCUUCCUGUCAUGGCUUACGGAGUGAGAGAUUGGAGAUGGCUAACUGUGACGGUCACUUUACCGCUCGCUGUGGCAUUAAUCAGCUGGAGGUGGGUUCCAGAGUCCGCUCGGUGGCUAAUCGCUAACGGUAAAGUGGAGAAAGCUCAGUAUUACUUAAAGAAAUGUGCCGUGAUGAACAAGAGGACAAGAGUCUUAACCAUCCUGAAACCAGAGGUUCUCUCCUCUAUAGUAUCUGAGGGAGGAAACAGGACAUACUCAUAUCUUGACUUGAUGAGGACACCCAAAAUGAGGAGACUGGCUCUGAUGACUGGAGUUACCUGGUACGGUGUGGCUUCCACUUACUAUGGGAUCAGCUUUAACAUCAAAGGAUUUGGUCUGGAUCUGUACCUAAACCAGUUCCUCUAUGGUACUGUGGAGAUUCCUGCUAAAGUUGUUGUCUAUCUGUUGCUUGACCGGAUUGGUCGGCGUCGCACUGAGGUGUGCGGUCUCCUGCUGUCUGGCUGUGCACUCAUCAGUAAUGUCUUUAUACCAAAAGAUCAGUGGAUUGUGCGCUCAGUGAUUGGAGUUCUGGGUAAAGGUUUCUCCUCCAUUGCCUUUUCAACACUUGUCCUAUACAGCUCUGAACUUUACCCCACUGUCAUCAGACAGAAUGGGAUGGGCUAUAACUCCUUCAUGGGGCGGCUGGGCGUGGCUUUAGCUCCUCUAAUUCUCCUAUUGGACGAUGUGUGGACUCACCUGUCGCAGGUGAUUCUGUGUAUCAUUGCACUGAUUACAGGUGUGGUAGCAAGUCAGUUACCUGAGACGAUGGACAGGUGUCUCCCUGAGACUAUAGAGGACAUCGAGGGGACAAGGACAGGUCAUGUUGUAGUUCCCAUCUGGGAGAAAAGAGCUCAAGAACAAGAAAACGGAAGUUAAGAAGAAAUUUUAUUUUUGACCUUUUUUAUGUCUUAAGUAGUUUUAUUUACAAAAUAUAUCAUUAACAUAAAAUAUGCAUUAAAGUGUUUAUUUGGUUAAUAAUGAUGGCAAGAAAGUUUUAAAAAGAUGUUAAUGAGAUGUUAAUAUGUUAAAAAGGAAUUUUAAUUCUUAAUAACUGUAUUGUACAGUGAUGCCUCGAGAUACGAGUGCUUUGACAUACGAAUUUUUUGACAUACGAGCUGUGAUUCGACCAAAUUUUUGCCUUGAGAUACAAGCAAAUUUUUGAGAUACGAGCAUCCGAGCCGCCGCCACCGAAACAAAGAUCCCCAACAACCACGUGUGCUCUGUUUCCCCGCCUCAGCUUCCCGCGUCUCACUCGGUUAAAGCCGCCUUCACACUGCACACGACAAACGACGGCCGAUAAACAGGAAGUCAUUCAUUUCCUAUGGAGAGUCACAAAAGUUGCUGCGUGAGGUGCCGACCAUCUGAGGAUCCGUAAUGUUCGGAUCCGUUUUAAGCGCUGGAUCCGUUAAAAAAUGUAACUUGUGUCUAACUACACCGCAUCUGAUAUGCCGACCGGACAGGUUUUUAUUAAAACGACCGGCAGAUGUUAGUGAGGAAAGAGUGACAAAAAAGGCAAAAACAAGUGAAGAGAAAAGUGAUGAAGAAAAUUAAGCAAAAUUAAUGUAAAGAAAACAGAAAUUGUAGCAAUUAAGUUCAGUUAAGUUAAGAGAAUUUCAGUUCUGUCAGGACCACUUUGUCAAAAGAGAAUUUAUUAGAUGACAUACAGUUAGUGUUGGCGGUAGGCUAUGGUUCUGUUCUGGGCAAGAAUCCACGCACCCGUCCGUGCGCAUGUGUGGACAGAUCGCGGAGAGCAGCGACUAGAAAAUAGAAUAAACCCCCCGUAUAACAGAACCAUAGUAUCAGAUUUGCUCGCUUACGCGUUUUUGGAAAGUAAUAAAUGAAUGAAAGGAUAAAUAAAUAAUUAAAUAAUGAGAGAGAGAGGGAGUGAGAGAGAAAAAUAUGUGGAGAUUUAUGACGUAAACUGGUACAGCAAACACGGGUUCCGGCUCGGUGGAGUCGGGGUUGGAGGAGGGAGUUUAGAUUGCGGCAGCAGCGAAGUGCUAGAGUGGCUCUAUGAAUGGGAAUUUAAAUGGUCGGUAAUAUGGAUGUUGUAACCGGAUUGGUGCGCGUCGUGGCCUGCCAGAACUAACGCGAUGCUUGAUUUAAGUUUGUUAAUUUUAGCGUUUUUUUAAUUUCCUGAAAAAUAACGGUUUUGGAGAUAUGAGGAUUCCGUCUGACAGCGAUGAUAUUCAAAACACAUAAACAAAACAACUGGAGUGGAAUUUUGCGAGCUGGAACGGAUUAAUGGGAUUUCAAUUCAUUUAAAUGGGGAAAAUUGCUUUGAGAUACGAGCAAUUUGAGAUACGAGCAAAGUCACGGAAUAAAUUAAACUCGUAUCUCGAGGUAUCACUGUAUUUCAUUCACAUUCUAAUUUUAAAUGUGUUUAUGUUUAAAUAAUUAAUAUAAAAUAAGAUUACAGUGGUAGUCUUUGUGUUACUCUCUCUCUCACGCACACACACACACACACACAGUUUCUAAACUAGACACAUAUCUGAAAUCAAAAGAUCGCAAGUUAAAAUAAAAUAAUAUAAUAUUUAUAUUCUAGAAAUAAUGAACAAUGAAACUGAAACAAUAAUCUUUUUCUUUAUUCAUGUACAUGUUACAUGUGUACUGUU